AUGGCAUCACAGAAUAUCACAACCACACAGCACGACCAUCAUCGCGAAACCAUUCAAGGUCCCCUGCCCAAUUCCUCCCUCCAAGUCACCGCCGACCACCAGCUCAAACUGGUCGAGGCCCCCAUCUACGCACCCGGCCCAGGAGAGGUCCUCGUGCACGUCAAGACGACAGGAAUAUGCGGCUCGGAUGUGCACUUCUGGAAGUCCGGCCGGAUAGGGUCGCUCGUCGUCGAGGGCGACUGCAUCCUGGGCCACGAAGGGGCGGGGGUGGUAGUCAGGUGUGGCGAGGGCGUGACGAGCUUGCAGCCUGGGGACAAGGUGGCUGUCGAGCCGGGCGUGCCGUGUGAGAAGUGUUUCCUGUGUGGGAUGGGGAAGUACAACCUUUGCGAAGACGUUCGGUUUUCUGGGGUUUAUCCUUACGACGGAACGCUGCAGCGGUAUAAAGUCCAUCCUGCGAGAUGGCUGUACAAGAUGCCUGAUAGCAUGACAUUCGCCGAAGCCGCCCUCCUCGAGCCUCUGAGCGUUGUCCUCCAGGCUCUGCGGGUCGCCAACCUCACCCUCGGACGCGGAGCAGUCAUCUGCGGUGCCGGACCUAUCGGUCUGACAGCUCUCCUUGCAUCUCGGGCAUCUGGUGCUCAUCCCAUCGUCAUCACAGAUGUGGAGCCAGGCCGUCUCGAGUUCGCCAAACAGCUCGUGCCGUCCUGUCUUACCUAUAAAGUCGACACAUCCCUCGACGCGCGAGGCAAUGCGAGGGGGAUUAGGAACCUGUUUGGUGCUCGUGGAGGUGAAGGCGAGGUUGGUGAGGAGUAUCUUGCGCCGCCGUGUGUGAUUGAGUGCACCGGUGUUGAGUCGAGCGUCUGCACCGCAGCGUUUACGGUUCGUCGUGGAGGCAGGGUAGUGGUGGUGGGCGUCGGCAGGGAUAUUAUGAACAACUUGCCAUUUAUGCACCUUUCAUUGGCAGAGAUCGAACUCCGCUUUAUCAAUCGCUAUACGGACACAUGGCCAGCAGGCAUCGCCUGUAUGAGUGGAGGCAUUAUUGAUAUGAAAAAACUGGUGACACACACGUACCCAUUGGAAAAGGCUUUAGAAGGGCUGACUUUGUCAUCGGACCCGAGGAAUGGAAGCAUCAAGGUUCACAUAGUAGACGACACGGAGACUGUGUUGUUCUAAAUCUAAAGUCAUCAA